GUUGCAGAAAACAGGGAGAAAGGAAGUGCUGGUGUUGCAACAUCGCUGCCACGUCUGAGGAUCCUCUGCAGCAGCAGGAGCAGCAGGAGGACCGGGUCUGAGGAGGACCGGGAUGAGAGGGAGAGGUGGGAGUGACCGAAGAAGCACGGAGGAGAAGAGGAAGGAAAUAGGAAACACGUCGAGCCACAACACACUCCCUGCUCCCUGACUGUAAAGGCUGUCUUGGAGGAUCCGGGGGUCUUUUGUUCGGACACAAGGGGGUCUUGAGUGUCUCAUACAGAAGGAGGAUCACCCAUGUUAAGCUCAGGGGGAAUGGAGGAAUUCGUGACCGAAGAGGAAGAGCCAUGGUACGACCAGCAAGACCUGGAGCAGGACCUCCAUCUGGCAGCAGAACUUGGGAAGACUCUUCUAGAAAGAAAUAAGGAACUGGAGGACUCUCUGCAGCAGAUGUACAUCACUAAUGAAGAGCAAGUGCAGGAGAUUGAGUACCUGUCCAAGCAGCUUGAAGUUCUUCGGGACAUGAAUGAGCAGCAUGCCAAAGUGUAUGAACAGCUAGAUGGGACUGCCAGAGAACUGGAGCACACCAACCAUGUGUUGGUGAUGGACAGCAAGUCCUCACAGCAAAAGAUAGAGAGGCUAACAGGGACCAUUGAUACUUUGCAGAACCAGGUUGAGUCUCUCUCAGGGCAGGUAGAGCAGCUUCACUCUAUGGAGCAGCUUCGCGUCAGGAGGGAGAAGAGGGAACGACGCAAGACCAUCCACUCCUUCCCUUGUCUGAGGGAGCUUUGCACAGCACCAAGGUAUGAGGAUGAGUUUGUAGUGGGUAGAGCUGAAAGUUUUACAAUAGAUGCACAGCGUCAGCCCUUUGAAGAAGAAAAUCAGCACCUCAGGGAGGCGGUGUCAGCCCUGCGAGCGGCGAUCCGGACUGAAAGAAGCCGUAGAGAGGGUGUGGAGAAAGAGUGCAACCUUCUUCUAGCAGAGUUUUCCCGCCUACAAACACGAGUUCAGGAUGCUGAAAGCUGCCAGGCGAGGGUACGAGAGUUGGAAGUUGAGCUACAGGAAUUGCAGCAGCUACGACGGGCUCGGACUUUCCUGCUGAGCAGUGAGGAUGAUGGCGUUGCUCUUACUCAGACUGUCCUCAAUAGCACUCCAGAGACAGACACUUUCCUGGAAGUAGAGGUUGGGGAAGCAGGAGGGGGUGUCAGAGAAGAAGCUGAAGGUGGAGGAGGUAUAGGAGGUGAAACUUUACCUGAAUCCAGCCCGGUGAGGAAGAGCUGCAGUGACACAGCGCUUAAUGCUAUCGUGGCCCGCGAUGCGUCUGGCCGCCGGAGAGGGAGCUACGCACUUCAUGCCAACAGUGUGAGGAAGAGGGGCAUGUCAAUCCUCAGGGAGGUGGAUGAGCAGUACCAUGCCUUACUGGAGAAAUAUGAGGAGCUGUUAGGGAAAUGUAGGCGCCAUGAGGAGAGCCUCUGUCAUGCUGGUGUCCAGACUUCCAGACCUGUCUCCCGGGAUCCAUCCAUGAAGGACUGUGCCAUGGGGCCCACUCCAGCACCUCCUCCUACUCCCACCCAAUCACCCUCUACACCAGAGGCCAUUGAGAGCAUCAGCAAACAGGUGGAGGCAGUAGAUAAACGGCUGGGACAAAACACACCAGAGUACAAAGCCCUGUUUAAGGAGAUCUUCUCUCGGAUCCAGAAGACAAAGAUGGACAUCAAAGCUACCAAAGCUGCUAAGGCUAGCAAAUCUGGCAAAUCUGCCAAAUCUAGUAAACAGUAAAGCUGUGCUGAAUGGUUUCAUAGAAGAUGACUGUUGCUCCUUUUUCACCAAUGCCAACCUUGGGGUAGAUUUGGCCCCUUACUUGAUUUAGAACUUGCAUUCCAUACAACUUUGUUCAUCAGUUUGCUUUACAGGCCAGAGAGCCAUCAUAGAUCAAAUUAAUAAAAUCACUGUAUAUGUCUGUAUUUGUUCAUAGGACAGCCAGUGGCGAUGUUAGAAAGUAGCAUGCUAAUAUAAAACUGGCUCGCUGGCAAGCUGUUGAAACAUGACCUAAGCAAGUGUAGAUUUAACUGUGAUCUGAGAUAAAUGCAACAUUACUCUUGCUUGACCACUGGGCCAACUAACUCACAAUGUUACAUAAUUUUGUUACUCAUGUUUCAAUGUCCACGUCUGUUCCAAUACUGAGACUAUUCUUUUUUCCUCAUCUUAACUGGAUGCUACACUAGCCGUUUUAAUGGUAGCCACAAAGUGUUAGUUGAUCUCUUUUGCCACGAUAAUCCUGCCUGUAGCCCUUGUCUUUGGUGUUACUACAAAACCAGUUUUUCUGACUGAGAGCUUGUUCUUUUGCUAUCAAAACACAAAGAACUGGUUUAAGAUUAAGUAUUGGCUCUGAACUGCCCUGGAAGUGUCUUGGUGGAGAAGGAGUAGCCUGUGUGUGCUGUCUCAGUGUUAAGUGAACCAGGGUUAAGUGUUAAAAUGCUUAUAGAGGGUGCCAUUUCACAAGAUGUAUACAUUUAAAUGGAGUUCAAUUCUUUUGAGGCCACAGUGGAAUGCAUGGUUUUCAUCCAGAAUACAGAGGAGUGUUGCAUGCAAUAUAUCUGACAAUUCUGCAGAUACAAGUUGUACUGGAUAUAAACUCUAGUUUUUAUUUACUGCCCCUUCCUACAACAUAGAUGCUGGCUUCACUGCCUUAACUUUGUCCAAACUUCACAAGAAUACACAUCAAGAGUUUAAGUGCACUAAUCACAAAAGUGCAUCUCUGAAAAGAGAGUGUUAUAUUAAAAGUCUUAUUAACCAUGAUUUUAAUAGAAUGGAAAAUACUAACAUUGUAUAAUUACAGAUGAUAAAGAGUAAUCCUCUCAGGCUGCAGUGCUGUCUCUAAUCCUGAGGUGCUAAUUAUACUCCUCCUACUACAUCACGACACUAAUGAACACACAAAAACACAAGCCUUCUGUCCUGUCUGUGUGUGAUUUUACUAAUAUUUUUUAACUCUGAAGAGGCAUUAUUUCUAAACAAUUUUAACUGAAGAUUCAGCAUUUACUUAUCCAUCCUUUCAUCUUGCUAUGAGAUUGGAUGCUAUUUGAGAUCGACAUUAACACUUAUUUUCAUGCCAUAUCCAGUGUAUGAGUUUGCAUUUCUUCCUGGAAGAAAAAUCUUCACAUCGAUUACACCGUCCAAUGCAGAAUAGCAAAAAAAGAAAAAAACAACAACAAAGAGGCAUGACUGUGAUUUUGUUAUUGGCAAGGCUAUUUUUUGACGAUAAUAUUAUAGAAGUGUAACCAGUAUAAGGCUUAAAACCAGGGCUUUGUCUAACACCUAGCAAUCUACCAAACUAUAAACUAACCUGCAAGCAUAUUGCACCUUUUUUUCACAAUAUACAAUACCUAAUGCCUUUUUCUGGGUAACCUCCUAUGUAUAAACUUUUGUUAUAAUGAAUGUUAUUACAGCUUUUAUAUCCAGUUCUUCAGUAAAGCUGAAGACAUAACCGAGCUGACACAUUUUACACUCUUGUCUGAGGCUGAUGGGAUGGUGGUACGUGUAAAAAGUAUGAAUGAUGGAUGUUUUGAGUGGUGAAACCAGAGGGCUGUCUUGUUCACCACUUGAUGAGGAUGUAAAAACCAGAAUACUACUGCAGAACAGGACAAAUGUGGUAUAUAAAGUGCAUUUGAGGGCCGUACCCAUGUUGUGUUAAAAUGAUGAAAAUGAUGGAGGUAGAAAUAUGUGUUAGCAUAGAUAAUGCCAAACCAGAGCCUAAUAUCAUUUUUAAGGCUCAUGAGGUUUCUGAACUGUAAUGUUUUACCUUGCACUUGAAAAUUUGAUGCCUCAUCUUUUGCAUACUUAGGAUAGCUAAUAUCAAACAGUCUGUGUAUUUAUUUGUGUGUGAAUGUGUCUCGAUGAUUUUUUUUACAACUUCUUUUCAGUGCCUAUAUGUGAAUGUCACUAACAUAUUGUCAGAAAAUAUAUUUAAUUUGCAUUUCUUUUAUUAUCCACAUGUAAAUUUAGUUAAGAUAUUGACAUUAUGAUUAGUCUGGUCUAGUAUCUGUUAUUGAAUUAAGAUACCUACUUUAUCCUAUUAAUAAAGCAUUGACAUAAUGUGUUA